AUGCUCGAAUCUCCUCAUCUCCUCUCUGCCAGUCUGGCACUAUCAACCGCAAGCUUUGAGUCGAGGGGCAUGACGGAAGUCGAAGGAACGAGCACAUCUCGAAUAAUGGAACACCUGCAAUCUUCGGGCCUACCUUUGUUGAGAUCAGCUUUAGCACAAGGACAACAGAGUGAGAUUCUUAUUGCAACUUGCCUAAUCUGGUGCCUGGCGGACGUGUUUUCAGGUCAGCAGGGAAUGUUCAGGUGGCCAAUUCACUUGCAGGGUAUCAAGGCUCUUCUUCAAGGCCGUCAUGAUUAUCACAGAUUUGUGGUAAGCGAUAGUGCCUUGAGAUCUGCGAUGAAGCAUCUCUUUAUGCUGUAUCGCAGUUUAGAGACUUUACCGCACGUACCUAAAAUAACAUCAGAGAAGGCCAACUUGAUUGUUCCUGCGAAUACCGCGUACAAUCAUCAGAUUGACGGGUUUCUGGGGUACAGCGAAGAGCUUCUCGAUAUCCUGCAACAGAUUAACGCAUCGACACCAGCAUCUCGGCUAGAAGACUCUUCUAUUGAUGCAGAGACCUUACUGGGCAAGCUGAACGCUAUGAUUAGGCGAGAUGUCAAGUCACCGCCCGGCGUCUCAAUUUCCUCACUUUCGUCGCAAUCAGGUCGCGAGUUUGCCCUCUGCAACAAAGUCUUCCAACAAGCAACUCUGAUCCAGCUAUAUCGACAGUUAUAUGACUUGCCUUCCUCAUCACAACCCAUACAGGAUGCUGUUCAGACUAUCAGCGGAAUGAUCAGCAACAUGGCCCAAGGCGAGCCAUGCAACACCUGGGUCGCAAUGGCUAUGCCUCUGUUUACAGUGGGUUGCGAGGCCUACAAAGAGGAACAGAAGACUUUCAUUCUUGAUAAGAUCCAUAAACUUGAGAUUUGUAUUGGCUCGCUGCAUGUCAAGGUGAUUGAGCAAGCACUAAAGGAUAUCUGGAAGAUCAGAGAGGAUUGCAACGAUUUUGAGGGAUAUCUCUGUGCGAGCCAUUUACUAGGUAAGCUCUACUUGAUCGUUCACCAUGAAACUAGCUGA